GUUCAGAUGUUGCAGUCAUGCUUGAAUUCUUGCUGCUUUGCACUUUUUCAGCCACAGUGCUGGCUGAGUCUGAGUUCCAGCCUGCUGCUGAAAGAGUUGUGGGCGGUGAUGCUGUGCCUUAUGAUGACUCAUGGCCUUGGCAGGCUUCUCUCCAGUUCCACUCUGGUGACUCCUAUCACCAUUUCUGUGGCGGAACGUUGAUCUCAACCAGAUGGGUCCUAACGGCUGCUCACUGUGUGUACAGUCGUAGGUCAUUUGACGUGGUCCUUGGUAACCUUGUCCUCUUCAACCAACACAUUGGCCAACGUAUUACGGCUCAAAAUAUUUAUAUUCAUCCGGAGUGGAAGAAUGACAGCAUCUCUUCUGGUAACGACAUUGCUAUGGUGCGACUGCAAUCAGACGCCAGCCGGACCAGUUAUGUUAAGCCAGUGUCCUUGCCACCCUUUGAUGAGAUCCUGCCCCAUAACUGCCAGUGCUACCUCACUGGAUAUGGAUCGAUGACAACUGGUGGAAGCAUAUCACAUCAGAUGAGGCAGGCCGUGCUAUCUGUAGUUGAUCACAAGACCUGCAUCAGCGCAGGCUGGUGGGGCAGCACCGUCAAGACUAACAUGAUCUGUGCAGGAGGAGGAAAACAGUCAGCCUGUAACGGUGACUUUGGUGGCCCUCUGAGCUGCUAUGUCAACAGGAAGUGGUAUGUUCAUGGUAUAGCUAGCUUUGUUUCUGGUUUGGGAUGCAACGCUCCAAAGAAGCCCACAGUCUUCACCCGUGUCUCUGCUUACAUCAGCUGGAUAAACUUGGUAAUGCACAGGUCUUGAAAUGGAACUUUCUUUUAAACUGUGAAUUUAACUUCACCUCCAUGCAAUUACAUGAAUAAACUGUUUCAGA